AUGCACGAGCCUACUCACAAAUGGAAGCGGCCGGUAGGGCAAGAUCUGCUGCGGCGAUCGGCCAAGCGCAUGCGACGGAGUAUCAAGCGGAGGAUGAAGGGCGAGAGCAGACGCCAGUGGAUCGAGAGGAAUUUACACGACUCGGAAGUCGGAAUCGUGCUGGAUGUAAUACAGUGUCUGCUAAGCUCUACAAUGGUCAUCGCCAUGACGCAGUUAAACUGGAAACACCCCGAUACGAAUUUUACUACCGAAUACCUCGUAAUCGACACACUUAACCUGGUGGCGACACUGGCCAACCUUGGCCUCAGAUUUUAUUCAGCCAGCAACCGCAAGAGUUUUCUGCUUCACUGGUUAUCUGUCGUAGAGAUUAUCUGCGUGCUGCCACUUCUGGUGGAAUUUAUCACGGGGUCGACGGGCACAGGACCCAACACGUACGCGUUCCGGUUGCUGAUGAUGCUUCGGGUGAUGCGGUUACUGCAGUUUUAUCGUCUUUUGAGGCUGGCAAAAUCAGCCAAGCUCCGUCAAGGUCUGCUGAUCUGCCUUACAACGUCGUGUAUCAUCAUCUGCGGGGCUCUCUUCAUGCAGACCAUCGAAUACUGCGACCCAGCGUACAAGGGCACACAAGUUUCAGGAGAAAAUUGCCAAGACAUGACGUUCCUAGACGCCAUUUACUUUGUCUGCAUCACGAUCGCAACCGUUGGGUUUGGAGAUGUCGCGCCAAAAUCCAGUAUCGGCAAAGCGUUCGAUGUCGGGCUCAUCUUUUUCGCCGGCGUACUAAUCCCUCUCCAAAUUAGCGGCUAUUCCUACAUUCUCAGCCGGGAGACGGCUUUUGAUAAGAAAUACGUGCCAGACAAGAGUACCCAGCACGUGCUGCUCUGUGGCGAAGUGGAGAAUGGAGCCUUACUAUUUUUUCUACACAACUGGCUACACAAGGAUGAGGAACGUCGAACACGCCGAAAAGUUGUCAUCCUCGCACCCACUUUACCAUCCAACGACUUGCGACGAGUUCUCCUCCACCCGGAGUACGAGCAGCGAGUGAUUUACCUUCAGGGCUCAGCAAUGGUAGCGGCAGAUCUUCAACGCGCCGCAGCUCCGUCGGCUGAAUUUUGCUUCGUCAUGGUGAAGAAGCACAGCGAGACACUGGAUCAGAAUGAUACGGCAGCCAACCUGAUCACGUGCUCAGUGCGCAAGAACAACCGGCAUGCACCACUGCACGUCCAAGUGUCGAGGUUUGACAACACUCGACACUUCCACAUUUCGGGGGCCACAGCGGUGAUAUGCCUGGAGCAGUUGAAAUUGGCAUUUUUCGGCAAAUGCCUUUGGAUUCGAGGGCUGAAUCCGUUUCUAGGGAACCUCAUUCAAAAGUUCAGCCACGCAGAAGAGUGCAGGGGGUACUGGCUGUCGGACUAUCUCUCUGGUUGCGAGCAAAAGAUCUGCGAAGCUGCACUUCCCCCAUUUCUCCUGAACAUGUCCUCGUACCGCUCUCUCGCUGUGUUGCUGUACCGUGAAUUCGGUGUUCCUGUUAUUGGGCUGCGAACGCUGGAAGAUACCACCGCCGUCUACCCAAUUGACGACGAGCUGUCCGACGCGAACUUCUUGAGCAUCUUUUUCAUCGGCCGGGGCAACGACAUCGCCAGCAAGAUCGAGAAGUUGACUCCGGCCGUGUUCGCGCGGUACCCCGACAUCGCUCCCGCGUCUUUCGGCGUCGGGGACAGUCGCAACAUCCGAACCAUGGCCACUAUACUCACGGCCGCAAUCGAGCACAAAAUGCCCUUCGGCCGCCGCGUGUCGAUGGGUUUUGGCCGCGAUCGUCGAACCAGCUCGACCCCAGAGAAGACGGUGGCGAGGACGCGCUCGAGGCGGAUCCUGUCUACGAAGAGCUUCCGCAUGAGCAUGUUCUCCACCCACAACUUGGAGAAGGUGGCGCCAGUGGAUCGAGAGGACGACCAGCAGUCUGAGCCUGUGUACGCGGAUGAAGCCAACCCCGUGCACAACUCCACCGAGGAAAAUCGCCUGGAUGCCCGGCGCUUCUCGAGGAUGCAGACGGAGCUGAGCCAGCUCACAAUGGACCAGAAUUACUCGUUGGGUAACCCCGUGGACCCGCCUGAAGUUCCCGACCACAAACCUCCCAAGCCUGUCGUCCCCGUCAUCGCGCUAACUCCCGCUGAGCUCGUGAAAAAGGCAACGGCUGCACCCAGUGGCCGCUCGAAGGACCCGAUCGUCAAGCCCUUGUCAAGUCGAAUGCCGCUGAGCGCCAGAAGCGCCAGAAGCGCCAGGGAGCGCAGUACGCACAGCAUCACGGAGCAGUCAAGCGACAAAACCCUGACUGCGACCGAAGACGACAACCACCCAUCGAGUUGGGAGCCCGCCCCCCUCACGCGGCCUUCGGUAGCAGCCAGCGGGAACCUCCGGACGCGCAUCCGCCACUUGUCGCUGUGUUUCCGUCGAGACCCGCCGCCGAUAACGCUGAGGGACCACUUCGUGGUCUGUGGCUUACCGAGCAACUACGAGGACUUUCUCGCCAACCUGUCGGACUUCAACGAGCAAGUGGCGGGCAUCGUGUUCAUCACGCAGCGAAAUGUGACGGAGAAGGACCUCAUGGCGCACCAGCUGCACGAGCGUCUCUACUUCGUCCGAGGCUCCCCCCUCAGCAUGCACGUCUUCCAUACGUCUCGGAUGUUCCACGCGCGCAGCAUCUUGAUCAUGUCGUACUGCGGAAUGGAGAGAACUGGCAGCAUGGACGUCGAGGCGAACGACCAGGGGAACACGGACGAGAAUAUGGCCGACGUGGACGCUAUCACCACCCACCGCUUCAUCAGCGAGGCGCUGCAGAACGAGCUGUCUCGACUGCAGAUCAACGGCAUCAACGAGACGAGGCCCAUGCCCUUUAUCGUCGCCGAGAUGAUUCGCCCGAGCAACGUCAAGUUCCUCAUCGACCGAAGCGGGUCCUUGUACGACGAAAACGCGGCAGCUAACGAGUCUCGCCAACGCGAUCUGCUCAAGGAGGUCAAGUUCAUUGACAGCUCGUUCUUCAGCCCGCUCUACACGUCGGGGCACAUUUACUUCUCCAACUUCAUGGACGCGCUCAUGGGAUCGUGCUCCAACCAGCAGCUCAUGAUCGAGAUGGUGACGCAGCUCGUGAUCAGCGGGAACAUGAGCAUGAAAAUGCCGAACCGAGUGCAGAGAUCGCGCCAUCGCCUGACGCAGAUUCCAGCGCCGGAGAGGUAUUACUUCCGUCCUUACGCUCUGCUGAGUAUCAUGACGCUGGGCAUUUAUCGCAGUGCUAGCACCCGCACGUCCCCGCAGCAUGUUCUCACCAACCCACCAGGGGACGAACUCGUCACCCCGCAGGAUCUGCUGUUUGUAAUCAAGUGA